AUGUCCCAUGCGGCGUUCGGCACCCGAGACAACCGAAAACUUGCUAAUCUAAUAAGACGUUACAACUCCGGUUGUUCUCAUUCUUGGUUCGGCGGGCAGCAUGUGGCUCAGGCUUUUGCCGCAAAGGGCUACAAAGUUGCCCUUGCAUCUAGAAGCCUUAAAGAAGAAACCAGCAAUGCGGACCAGGUCCAUAUUUCCGCCGACCUAUUGGAUCCCGUUUUUGACAAUGUCGAACGUAAUGAACACAGUUUCGAGGGCGUUGAAUACCCCGAUUGA